AUGGACGAUUCACUGUAUUUAUUCUGUUCGGGCUUAGUCAUUGCAGCCCUGGUUUGGCUCUUCAAUCCUUUCAGAAGACUGGAAAGCCAGAUGGGUGCUAAACUCCCAGAUGGCGUGCGCUCGUUCGAAUACAUGCCGGGGCCGAAGGGAUGGCCGUUCUUUGGCGACAUAUUCAGCUACCUAAAGGACGCUGACUUCAAACAACAAAUAGCACAACUUAAAAGUAACUUUGCGAAGUACGGACCGAUAUUUAAGAUGACCAUUUUGGGGAGGACUGUUGUUUUAAUACAAGACCCCGAGGAUGUGGAGAUAGUGAUCAAAGCUGAUGGUAGAUAUCCGAUGCGACCGAAGCAAGGAUUAACAGCAUUGGAAAAAUACAUGAAAAUUAGAGGAAUACCUAAGAGUAUCGCGUUUCGGUAAGAUUCAACAAUUCUUGUGAAAAAGAUGCCCAUAAACUGGGCACGUCACCGCAAAUAAUGUGAUCCGAAUUAAUCCCCUUACUAUUUUCAUUUAGCGUCGAAUGCGUUUCGUGAUUUUGGGUCGGCAGGUGUCCUUAAAACGCGGGGUUGGGGCCGGGGUCCGGAUCUAUCUAGGGCCCAUUAUUAUAUCUUUUGAGGCCGUCGCUAAAGUAUUCAUGAACCACGCUCAUAUGUAGUGGUCCCUAUAAUGACCGGCUCUGCUUGUGACGUCAUCAGGCUAGGACACGCGCAAUAUAACCUCACCGGCCACUACAGAAAUCGCAUUUUUAAGGCUGGUUUUCACCAGAGAUGGAGUCGGAGUUAGAGUUAGUAGCGUAGAACUUUACAAUCUAAUGAAAACAGCGUUAUGAUUCCGCUUACGACUCCAUCAUUUAUGAUCAAUUGAAAACUAGAGGUUGUUCACCGGAAAAAAUCACGGAUUCCCAUUUUUGGAUAUUUUGGGGUAUUUAAAGAAUACCCAUAAAAAUCCCAAAUUUGGCAAAGUAAGACAAGUCCCAACCAGGGAAUUCCCAACCAAGUUCCCAGAUUGGGACUUGUCUCACUCUUCCAAAUUUGGGAUUUUUGUGGGUAUUCUUUAAAUACCCCAAAAUACCCAAAAAUGGGAAUCGGUUUAUUUUUCCUGUGGUUGGAGUCACAAGCAGAAGCCAGAGAUGCCAACCUCUGGAGAUUUAAAAUCUGGAGACUCUCUGUUUUCCAUUAGCCCACUACCCCCGGACAUUUAGGACAUUAUAUCAAGUCUUACAUGAAGUAGAUACCAUUAAAAUUCGCGAUCAUCGUUUUGAUGCCAGAAAUAAUCUUUGUCAGUGACUAAAUAGGUGUAAAAUGCCUCAGAAACAGUAUUACGAAUAAGAAAAAUUCACGUUUUGAACUAAAAAUGGGCUAAAUUUCAAACUAAGGCACAGAAAAGCUCAAAAGAUGAUUUUAUCCGGGAGAUAAAGCGACCCGUACGGGAGACCGGGAGAUUGGUGUCAUAUCCGGGAGGGUUGGCAUGUAUGAGAAGCCAAAGAACUAAACCAAACACAAAGUGUGGGAGUGGCAUUGUGAUUGGUUUAUCCUUCCACUUCUGCUUCCGACUCCAACAAUCUGGUUUUCACUAGAUCGUAACCAACAGAGUCAUAACUGGAGUUGGCAGAAAAUGGAAACUUUCUGAUUCUUCCAACUCCACUUACAACUCCAACUCCGACUCCAUAAUUGCAAGUGAAAACCAGCCUUUACAGAGAAACGUACAUUUCGGCUCAAUAUAUUUAGCAUUAUCAUGAUCCCAAUAUGAAUGAAAAAAAUUUUAAGCAUGCAUUGUUCAUUUGAAUAAAACCUGCAGAAAAGAGGACAAAUAAAAUGAAAAGUGUGUUUUUCAGACAUAAGUCUUCUAUUUUUUGAAUUUUCGCCAAAAGCAUGCUUAUGUUUCUCAGAAACAGGUACUUUUUGACUGAUUUUGUCUACCAUUUGUCUCUUUGAAAAAAAUGCUGUGGGUGCUUUCAUCGGAAGGCUAGCUCUCAAAUUUAAAAAAAUUCCUGUGAUCAAUUACACUUUAAACCAAAGAUAUAUUAAAACUGAAAAACAAUGUGACUGGUCUCAAUUGAAUUUUGGGGAGCAAGGGUGCAUGGCACAGUGGAGAGAACACUCCCCUCCCAAGAAUGUGGCCCGGGUUCGAAUCCUGGUGUCGAUUUUAUACGUGGGUUAAGUUUGUUGUUGGUUCUCUCCCUUGCUCUGAGAGGUUUCCUCCGGGGACUCCAGUUUUUCCCUGUCCUUAAAAAACAACACUUCCAAAUUCCGAUUCGAUCUGGAAUGCACGGACACAUUUCAAGUUCUUAAGAACUCCUAAGUGCUCCAUGGGUAAAUAAAUUACAAUUUGCAAUGUUUCUUUUUACAAUUCCAUAUAUGUGCCUAUAUUGUUUGUCUGUUAAAUUAUUUUCCUUGUGAUUGUUUUUAGGGAGGGAGUGGAGUGGAACCGAAUGCGCAAAGCUCUAGCACCAAAAAUGCUGCGACCUAAAGACAUACGUGAGAACAUGGAAAACUUUACCGCUGUAACUAGGGAUGCUAUAGAGCACAUGGUGUCUAUACGAGGAGCUGAUAUGGAGAUUCCAGAUCUUAGUAAAGAACUCGCCCAGUGGGCUACAGAGUGUAAGUGCUUACUUGGAGCUGGGGUACUAAUACAAUGAUCACACAAAGCAUUUAAAUUGAACCUCCAUUAAGCAAGCACCUGUUAAGCGGCCACCCUCUACUAAGUGGUUAAAUGACACCUCUAUUUCUAUUAUGUGACCACCUCCAUCAAGCAGCUGUGGCCACCUUUUGGCCAUUCCGACAAGAGUUUGUCUAUUGUUGUCACCUCUAUCAAGUAGCCAUUAAGACUUAAGUGCUUCAUACACUUAUAUAGUUUGGCUUUAAAUUAAAAACAUGAUGAAGGAAAAUACAGUCCGAGAUAGGAAGGUGAUGUCUGAUUAUGGAUCAGUGAUGCCACCCCCAUUGCAUCUUUUUUUAAAAGUAAUGUGAUGUUUCUGUUAAAGGUUAUGCUAAUUUAUGACAACCUCUAUUGUGUGGCCAACCUCUCUUUAGUGGCCAAUUGCCGACACCUUGAGGGCGGAUGCCUUAUGGAGGUUCAAAUAUACUUGUUUUCAAAUUCUUUCCCUGGGAAACUUGCUGUAGCUGCUUGUAAGCCCUUAAUUGCCUCUAGACUUGCAGGGACGUAGAAGAUGUAAGCAGGUUUUUGGUGGUAGUGACAGCCUUUGCUCAGCAGUCUGAUAGAGUUUUACUUAGGGCCUGGUUGACCUUGACUAUUGUAGAUGUAAUGGCAAGAUCUUGAGAGAAAGGCUCUCAAACCAUAUCAAAAUUGAAAUGAUAGGAUCUAAAAUGUUAAAAGAGUUAUGUGAAAGUAAAAAUCCUAAUUAUAUCUGUAUUCUGCUUUUAACAAUUUUUGUUCAUAACCCGAAUAUCCAUUAAAAAAAUACACAAAUUCUCCAGACUGAUACAUUUCUUUAGAAAAGUAAUUGAGAGAAUUUAGUAAAAGAUCAAAGAAUUUUUCCUUUGGUGAUCAAUUUAUUAAUUCUCAUAACCUUUUCUUUUGAUGAUGUAUGAAUUUAAUGUUAGGAGAGAUUUAAUGUUGGUCACUCUCGGAACUUGAAAUGAGCUCCACUCCACUCUUUUAGCCGUAGGUACCAUGGCGUUUGACGUAAGAGUUGGACUGUAUGAUGACCCACCCAACAAAGACACAGUCAGAAUGGUUCAAAGCACCAUGGAUUCCUUUGCACUCAUGGGAAAGUUGAGUAGAGGAUGGGAAAGCCUGUUUUGGAGAUUCUUCACGACGCCAACGUACCGGAAAUUCUGUGAAGCUACAGAUACCUCAUUCGCCAUGAGCCAAAAGAUUGUGGACAACAAGGUUGCGGAAUUGAACAAAAUGGCUGAAGAAGGAGGGGCGUUUGAUGACAAUCAAAGUGAGUGUAACUUCAUAAAGUAUACCGUGAUAUGCUAGCAAUAACCAGAGGUUAGAGAGUCCGGGCAAGUUUCAGGCUCUGAUCGAAGGCUCUUGCUUUGAAGAGCAAACAGGCAUGAUCAAAUUACGAGUGAUAGAAGGUACAAACGUGCAUGAUCAGGUUACGAGUGAUUGAAGGUACAAACGCGCAUGAUCAGAUUACGAGCGAUAGAAAGUACAAACACGCAUGAUCAGAUUGCUGUCUGUUCAUUCCAUUCAUUCUUAGUGGUAGUCCAAAAGAAUGCUAGCCGAGCAUACUUAUAAGGAUUGCAGGCUCCUCUUGUCGCCCUCAAUAACGCGAUCAUCACUAGCAAGGCAUGUGUGAUAAGAGUGCGGUCGAGAUUAACAUGUCCAGUGGUCCCCUUUCCACAUCUACUUUCACAGUUGCCCCAAAUUGUUUGCAGACUGCGAGCAGUAUAUCUUACUCCCACUUACCUUCGUCGGCAGUUAAUUUCGCGAAGAUGAUUAACUAACGAAACAACAGGUUAAUGACCCAUAUGAGAUCAUAGGAGCUCGUUCAACUGGACGAGCUCGGGCUCGGCCUCGCCAUCUUUCCUUUGUAAAAAAUAUGCCUGUCGAAAGACGGAGCUGUCCCCACCUCUAAAGGAAGGUCGACUGGAACGAAGGCCUAAGAUCUACCAUGGUCUAUUAAACGUCUUAGGCCUAUUUUUGUUUUAUUUCCGGGGAUUAGGACUAGGUCGACUAGACUAGAAGGUUCGUAGAGUGUAACCAAAAGCUUGACCAGGCAAAAAGCAAAGCUUUAGAAAUUUAUUUCCGAAAAAUGUUGUCGUAAGUCGAACACAAGAAACAUCGAUCUUGAUUUUUCCUCGCGCAACUCCGUUGGUUGCCCCUAAAAUGGUUAAUUUUGCGCCAAAAACGAAAGGCAACGUACAUGUCUGGGACUCUCUUCCCUACCCUACUAGGUUUUUUACCCCUAAUCCUAGAGGUUUUUUUGGCGGGCUUUCGUACGCUGACUUCAUAACCAAUUUUUCUGGCGUCGAUAGCUUCCCUUUUUCUUUUAGGUAGGGGGCUCCGCUACGCGCGCUUCGCGCGGAUGCUCCGCUCAUAGGAAUUAGCAAAAAGGAGCAAAAUUAACAAGGGUUUAAUUUGCGCAUUGUAACUCGUUCAAUGUCAAGUUCAAAGUAAGGAUAGACUAACAAUGACAACAAAAUGACUUUGAACGAGGAUUCUGACAUCAAAUUUACAAAAUUUAAUAAACUAACAGCGAAUUAGUAAUAUUUUAUUACUAAGUAUUAGCUUUUGCAAAUCUUUCUCGCUUGACCGCGGUGAAUGUUUCAGCACAAAUACAUGUUUGAUGACAGUAGUAUUAUUUUCAUUCCAGCUUCUUUUUUUUUCUUCAUUGCAGGUGUAUCUCUACUUACCUAUCUAUUAAUGAAAGGCGAACUCACCCCGGAAGAGAUUAAUAUGAAUUCAAUCGGAAUGUUCCGAGCAGGAGUCGAGACGGUAAAUGCUUGAUAAUAUGUUUCCGUGCAUAAUCGCACGUUCGUAACUAACGUCGGCGAGGUAACUUGCUAAUCAUAACCGAGUUUUAGCAACCACAACAAUGCUAAGGUCCCGACCACACGAAUCCGGAUAUUUUUGAACCGCAUAUUUUGGCCUACUGUCCUCACGUAUCCGGUGAAAGUGGUCACCGAAAACGCAUCUUUUCAAAAACGCUCUCCGAAAUGGAGGAAAAAAAACGCCGGCCGGCAACUCGUUUACUUACAGAUGGACCGAUACGACGAUCUCAUAAAUCAAUUUACAUCAUAUACUACACUAGCAUUACACAUGCUCUAUAAGGGAUUCUGCGGCGCAUUUUUCAUCACAUGAGCGGUUUCAUGUAGACAGCGAAUAAAUGUGGACGGGCGAAAACGAUUCGAAUACGCUACCUUUGGACGCCUAUUUCUUUGAAAUGGGACUGGAGGAAAAAAAUCUCCGUUUUCAAAAAGUAUUCGGACAGGUCUUGACGGGGUCUCAUUGGCAGCAGACGCAGUCGUACACCCGUCGCAUGUGCCCGUUUCAUUUUUUUUAUUUUUUUGAGCUUGAAAACAAUAAGAAAUUCCAGUGGGCAAAUGAGACGGCGGUACGCGUUUGUGCUAUAAUACUGAAUCCACCAGUGAUUAGCCUCGCCGAUUUAUAAAUCAGGGCCGGGUUGGUUCAAAGUUGGGUUAGUGCGAAAUUUGAAUUCAGACAUAAAAGCUGAAAUAGCAAAUUCAGUUAAAUUCUUUUCGUCUCAAUUUGAUGAUUGGAAAGAUUAUAAAGAAAUUAAAAAAUUAUCCGAGGAAAUGCUUUUGAACAAAAGAAAAAGAAACCCGGGUUAAAAAUUUAACCCCGGGCUACGGCCUUCGAACAAUUCGGCCCGGUAUGGAGAGCAUCCCUUUUGAGCGUAGGAUCGUGUUCUGCAGUCCAAAGUUAAGGUCUUCACUUGAGUCAAGAUCGGGAGAAAACACUGCAGCUGGGUUUUUAACGAUAAGUUGAAAGCAAAAUGAAAAAAAGACACAUGCAAAAAUCAUAUUGAAUGGCGGCACUUUUAGUCUUAGAUAGAUUGUGUUAGCUCAGUUUUUGGCAUAGUUCGUCAGCACCAGCAUACGUUUCAUCGUUUUCCGGAAAAAGUCCCACUGGUAUAAUUUGCCUUUUUGGCUCAUUUUGCAGCGCAAAAAGAGGCAAUUUAUUUAUAAAGUUAUCAAUUUUAUUAAUCUGUUUUUCAGACAUCUAACGCAAUGCUCUGGCUUCUUUAUCAUUUGGCCAAUAAUCCCAAGGUACAGCAGAGGGUAUAUGAAGAAGUCCUCUCUCUCAUUGGGCCUCACGGUGAUUUCAACUCUGAGAGUUUUGCAAAAUUACAGUACAUUAAAGCUUGUGUGAAAGAAUCCAUGAGGUAAUUUGGAGUGAUAACUGUAAUAUAUUGUUACAUAUAGUGCAGUGUUUUAUCUAUCGGGCGCACCCGCACCGAUAUAAUAAGUCUGUCCCAUUCCCGUCUGUUGGCAACGACAGAUGGAAGAUCCUACCUCAUAAGACCGCUGUCACUCUGUAGUUGGUCAAUGAAUGUUGUUGUCUGGCUGAUGACCCUCUUGAGCGUCUGCUGUGUUUUGGUUCCCAAAGAAUUAGAUGGGAAACAAUAUCAUUCUUGCUUGUCCAACGUACAGUGGCCACUAAACUACAGCCUACGUAUCUGGAGACGGCUUGAAAGUGGAGGCAGGUAUGCAGUGUUACAUACCGUUAUGUCUUCAAGCAUUGUGGUAUAAAACACAACAAGUAUAUAAAAAGUCGUCGUCUCACAAAUAGAAGAAAAACGGGGAACUUCGAUGCCACUUUGUUUCUUUCUUCCUCUACAGGAUUAGCUCAGUCGGUAGAGCGCUUGACUGCAGAGCGGGAGGUCACGGGUUCAAUUCCCGUGGCCGGACCAAUACUCAGGGUCUUAAACUGAGAAAGGAAGGUACUGCGGUUGCCCUGCGAACGGUUAGACCUUCGCGUAGCUCAGAUGACAACGUAAAUUGGCGGUCUCCUCUCCAGAAGGAGACGUAAAAAAUAGUGUCCCUAGUUAGUACUUUCGUGCUAAAUACCUUGACACUCAAAUAAAGUGCAUUUUUUUAUAGCCAAAAUUAUCAAUUCGGAAUUUAAAAUAUCUUUCUUCCUAUUCACAGUUUUUAUGGGCCAACUUUUACACUUUUUAAUGCUACGAUGUCUGCCAAAAUCAUCCCCCCCAAAAUUGUUAUGGUUAGUGCUCCGUGAUACCUCCUUAGUAACUCUACAGGUGAAGAAUUUUGUGGGUGGGUAAAAGCACUAAAUAAUGAUUUCUGCGCAGAAUUGACCUAAAACAGCAAUAUCCUCGUGACAUAACCCCUCUAAACUUCUGCCAUAGGCGGAUAAAGUCGUCGUGCGUAAAUCAUCCGUAAAACCUUUUCACCUUUAUAAUGAAACUUUCAAAACAUGUUUCACCUUUGACCCUAGACUUCACCCUAUUGCCAGUCGUUGGGCCCGUGUAUUGAACCAAGACGUAGCUCUCUCUGGCUACAACGUUCCAUCAAAUGUAAGUAUUCUUUGUUUGUUCCUCCCCAUUUUGCACUUUUUCAUUUUUUUUUCUCUCUCUCUCUCUCUCUCUCUCUCUCUCUCUCUCUUCAUGCGAUGCGAAGGUUAGAAUUUCUGGGCAAUAAUAUUCCUGAGACAAAUAUUUUUGAGUGACACCUGAACAUACAUCUAAUAGCCCACGUUCGAUAUAUUAAAAUUCUAACAUGACUCCGAGGCUUCAGGGACAAAAAUGCAAAUUUUUCACAACUCCAUUAUCUCACAAAUCCCAGAAGAGACUUGAGCACAAACAAAACCAAACCAAAUGUGAAAAAAUGACCAGAAAGCCUCGGAGUCAUGUUAGAAUUUUAAUACAUCGAACGUGGGCUGUUGCAAAAACGUUGUCUUAGAAAACUGAAAAAAGGAAAAAGCCAAAAUGCAAAUAGGAAUUAAUUAGGCUAAUUGUAAUAGUUCAUUUGCAGCAUGCGCACAUGGACGUCGCAAUUUGUUAUUGUUUUAAAGCAGAAAAACAGUAAAAAUAUUCCAGCGGCGAAAUACAACGGCUGCAAAUAAUUCCACCCUGAGAAUGUGGCUUAAUUGGCCUAAUUAAUUCCGAUUUGGCAUUUUCCUCUUUUUCCUUUUUCUGAGACGGUCAGCACUUUUUAACAUCCGUCGAAAGGUCCUUGGAUACCUUAUGAAGUUUACACAACGUAGUAUUCCUUAUUGUUUUGGAUUAGCCAGUAAAGCACUGCGUUUUACAGACUAGAGUUAAGCAAUGCCUUUACUGAUUAGGGUUGAGCACUGCCUUUACUGAUUAGGGUUGAACACUGCCUUUACUGAUUAGGGUUAAGCACUUCCUUUACUGAUUAGGGUUAAGCACUGUUUCGAAACUGGUUAGGUUCUUUUGUUGGGUUGGGGUUGAUGCUAUGUGUACUUUAAUUAUUUCCACUCCAUCCAACAAUUUCUCAGUGGCCUAGUGGAUAGAUAGGGGCAGUUUAGGUCGUUAGUUCGAAUCCUCUUGCCUUUCGCAUCAGUUUUUUUUCUUUUAAAUUGAAGAGACUUGUACUUUCAUAAAUGAUUUCCAGCUUGAAAUAUCAUCUAAGUGUGAUAUAAAAGCAGAAAACAGUUCCACCUUGUGUAAAAAUCAUAAGGAGAGAAAGGGCCUUUCGACGGAUCUUAACGAGUGCUGACCGACUGAGACAACGUUAUUGCUGGUUUGCACGUGACGUCACGGCGGCCAUGUCGGUGGUCAAGAACAAAAGCAUUUCUCUCCUCUGGGAACUAAGCUCUAUUUUCAUGUAAAUUCUUCGAGAACAAAUUCUGUUGUAUUGACCCCCAACAUGGCCGCCUUGUCAAAAGAUUGCAAACAAAUAAUUGCAAUUAGGUGUACACAGAGUAAUCGGCUCCUGGUGUACAUCGAAAUGUGAGAUAAGCUCGUGGACCGAACUUUUUGAGAGAUUUGUCUUUCAUUCAAAAUCUUGAUUCUACCACCCUGCCAGCAGUUAGCCUUUCUUUGGCUUAGCGAGAAAGACUCUGCAUGAAUCGAAGAAAAUCUUUAUUGAGCAUGCGCUAGGUUAAAGUUUCGAACCCAGNGUUUUGGAUUAGCCAGUAAAGCACUGCGUUUUACAGACUAGAGUUAAGCAAUGCCUUUACUGAUUAGGGUUGAGCACUGCCUUUACUGAUUAGGGUUGAACACUGCCUUUACUGAUUAGGGUUAAGCACUUCCUUUACUGAUUAGGGUUAAGCACUGUUUCGAAACUGGUUAGGUUCUUUUGUUGGGUUGGGGUUGAUGCUAUGUGUACUUUAAUUAUUUCCACUCCAUCCAACAAUUUCUCAGUGGCCUAGUGGAUAGAUAGGGGCAGUUUAGGUCGUAAGUUCGAAUCCUCUUGCCUUUCGCAUCAGUUUUUUUUCUUUUAAAUUGAAGAGACUUGCACUUUCAUAAAUGAUUUCCAGCUUGAAAUAUCAUCUAAGUGUGAUAUAAAAGCAGAAAACAGUUCCACCUUGUGUAAAAAUCAUAAGGAGAGAAAGGGCCUUUCGACGGAUCUUAACGAGUGCUGACCGACUGAGACAACGUUAUUGCUGGUUUGCACGUGACGUCACGGCGGCCAUGUCGGUGGUCAAGAACAAAAGCAUUUCUCUCCUCUGGGAACUAAGCUCUAUUUUCAUGUAAAUUCUUCGAGAACAAAUUCUGUUGUAUUGACCCCCAACAUGGCCGCCUUGUCAAAAGAUUGCAAGCAAAGAAUUGCAAUUAGGUGUACACAGAGUAAUCGGCUCCUGGUGUACAUCGAAAUGUGAGAUAAGCUCGUGGACCGAACUUUUUGAGAGAUUUGUCUUUCAUUCAAAAUCUUGAUUCUACCACCCUGCCAGCAGUUAGCCUUUCUUUGGCUUAGCGAGAAAGACUCUGCAUGAAUCGAAGAAAAUCUUUAUUGAGCAUGCGCUAGGUUAAAGUUUCGAACCCAGUCUCAAUAGCCGUGUGUUUGUUACAAUGGGCUCAGUUAUGACCAUCGGCUUAUCAAUAAACGGAUGCUCGCACUCGAAAAACCAGUUUGACGAGAGAAAACAAGGUUGACUAUAGUCCAGAAGUUCAGGCUGCGGUAGCUUGCGAGCAAGGUGUCCGGGGUGCUCUGGUGGCGGGGCCGAAAAAGGAGGGAGAGCUUGCAACUACGUCUCUGGAAUUUGAAUUCCACCUCCAUUUCCCCUGCGGCUCCCCGUCGACUGUACUGUCAGAUUUCCGCCAAUCAGCGCGAAGCGGAAAUGAGCGCGAAUGUAAACAAACAUUGAAAAACACGUGUCAAAAGUAAUGACGUCAUUACUAAUGUCAUCUCCGCCAAUCAGCAUUUCGCAUCGACUUUUUCGAUGCAGAUAUUCAAACUCCAGAGACGCAGUAGCAAGCUGUCCUUCCUUUUCCCGCCCCGCCGCCAGAGCGCCCGGAGAGCUUGCUUGCAGGCUAAGGCUGUGGCGGCUUCAAAGGCGUGAUGCGAUAUCAGGUAGAGCCUCCUCUUCUUCCUCUCGACAAACAAGAAGACAAAAGGAAGCUCUGCUCGCAUGGUGUGAUUCUACGAGCUCAAGGUUCUUUGUUUGACACUCCGUUUCUGCUCUUCGUUAAUUGAGAGGGUCCGCAGUUUCUUUUUCAGUUGUGUUUUAUAUAGUAGCUGAAAUUCACUAUUUCGGCAUCGUUAAUAUCCAGCGAGAUGCCACACAGGAAAAUCCUCUAUGUGAGUCAUUACCUCUGUGGUUGUGUUAAAGGCUUUUCUUUCUUGAAUCAACGAAAUUCAAAAUAUUAUGAUAGAUGACGAAGAACUUAUAUUAGGGCUUUCGCUAGUGAUACGAAAUCAGAAUUGGCUAUAAAGACGAUUUGAACCAGUUAAGGCCCGCGUUUCUAUGGAGAAGAGUUGUCCGGGUGAGAAGAGUCACACCGCCUACCCGAGCUACACUGGGGGACCCAACUUUUUAUACAUUUUCCUACAAAAUGUGGCGAAUCGUUUAAAGGCGAAAUAAAAAGUUGGCUCAGCUAGAAGCGCCUAGCCGGGCCAUCUUUUCUCCAGGUAAACACUUUACCUCGCCCAACCGGGUCAACUCGGCCAAGGUGAGACAAUCUGAGCGUGCGCGAGCGCUGCUUGCUCAUAUAAACGCCCGUUAAAGUUGACUCGAUUGGGAGGGUGAUCCUUCUACCCGGGACUAGCCUACGUGUAGCCGCACCCUCCCCCCGACGAAGGAAAAACGUCCUUCGUCGGGGGGAGGGUGCGGCUACACGUAGGCUACCCGGGACAGGUUUUCUCCAUAUAAAACGGACCCAACGGGUUUCCUGUUCCGGGGCACAUUAGAGAGGUUAAGCAUCACGUUUACGUCAAACGGCAAACGCGAAUUUGUACCACGUGACCAAGUUGACUCUUUACUUGUCGUUUACUGUUCAUUAUCUCAACACAUAAAUUAGUAGUUUUACGCAAUUUUUUAUCCCUAAGAAUAGCUUUCUGCUGUUUUUAUGUGCUCAUUUUCUAUUGUGAGAAAUUCUUGACUUGAAUCUGACGUUUGCCGUUCGCCGUAUACGUGAAGCUUAAACUAUCUAUUAUCUGCUUGCUGGCGCGGUCGUGACCGAAUCAUUUUCUUACAAAAAAAUACAAGAAAAAGAAACAAACAAACAACAUAAGCACCACAUUUCACCCUAAAUGUCUUAUUUUGUCAUCUAAACCUUUGUUCUCUUCUGCACAGACUGUGAUUGUUUAUAGCAAUUACCUUUCUGGACGGUCCGAAGAAUUGUUCAAGUUUCCCUUGGAAUACAGACCCGAACGUUGGCUGAAUGAAGACCUUGGGAAAAUUCAUCCUUUUGCUAGUCUUCCGUUUGGAGUCGGUCCUCGUAUGUGUAUAGGUGAGUUCAUUAUUUAAUACCGAGCAGGCCCGAAGAAGCAAGCCCUCAUAAUCCAAGAUUGUGUUCGAUUUCCUUACGUGGGACGAUUCUCUUAUAAUCAGAGAAACGUUUUGAUUUACCGUGUUUGGCUUUUUUGUGACUCAACAUCCGAGACUAAAUGAUAUUUAUUGCAUUGCAGGCCGCCGUAUUGCUGAAGCUGAAAUUUACCUGCUGGCCGCAAAGGUAAUGGACACUAGUACAUUGUAUAAAAAAAAUUAAGGGCACAAUAAUAAGUAGCCUGCACCACAGAUGGAACUUAUCUUAAGUUGAGCCCGUCUGCGAAACAGCACCGAAAUCCUUGUUGUGGGACCCCACCUGUGUACCAGAAUUUGAGUACACGCCAUGAUUGGCCUGUUAAAAAUACCACUGUGGAUUUGCCAAUCAGGUUGAAAGGAAAUUCAAAAAGCAUUUCCGGUAAUUCGUUAAGUCCCGGUUAGGGAUCCUGAACAAGGAUAUCAGCGCUGCUUUGGAGACGUUACUAACCAGGGUAAGGUGAUGUCUGCGACUUAAGCUACCGUUAGUAUUAAGAAGCAUCAAAUUUUAGUACAUACUAAAAUAGUGGAUAGUUUUUUUCACGCGCUUUGAUUGGCUACUCAGUCAGUGAAUAUCCAAUGCUAUUCACUGAUUCACCUCCACUUCCUCCGAGCGAGCGACGCUAAACUCGCGUACGUUACGAGCAAAAUGGCUUUCCGGUUUGCUGCCGUAACAAUCCAAGACAUUUCACGAAUAAUCAAGCAAGCUGUUCCCGAGAUACACGAAGAAGAAGACGAGGUUCGGUUUGGAAGUUUUAACAGGUAAAGCUUUGUCUUUUUGACUUAAAUUUAUCGAUGAAACCGGUGAAAAAUUUUUUUGUUUACAAAUGCAAAUUAAGCUUGAGUCUUGCGUUAGUUUAUGUAGUUGACUUGUUCAUAAAUAAGCUAAACACUGAAUUUAAUAAUCUUUUUUACAGAAUGUUUUUUAGUACAAAAAGAAAUCACAACUCCUUUUUAAAAAAAUUUCCCUGCAAGAGCUGAACAAAUGCCUUCAAAAGUUUUGUUUUUCGGCAGCAAAAAUCGACGACCGCGGCCGUUUGGUCAUUGCGCGCAAAAUUGUAAAUGGCAAUAGUAAAUGAGUUAAAAAUCAUCAUUUUUGUGCUCAGUUAUCGCACUGUUUUAGUAUAUACUAAAACAGUGAGAUAAAUGAGUGUCGGUGGCUAGUUGUGAGUAUUUACCUCGCCGCUUCACUCACCACCAGCCACUUUCACUUCGGUGAAUAAUAUUGUUAUUUAUUUCAGUCAUAAUUUUAAACAAAAUGACGUAAAAUGAAAAUUGGUCUUAAUUAUAAAUUUCCAAACGGGGUCCCAUAUAUACCAGCAUAACCAUGACCAUUGUCAACCAUUGUUUACUAAUAACAGCAUUUCAUGCGGCCUUAAUUUCAGAUCGUUCAGCGAUUCAUUUUGGAAUACCAAGGAGAACCUGCAUCCAUGAUGUUUAGAUUAGUGGCAGUUCCAGAUAGGACUUUGAAGAUAAAAUUUAUUGAUCGCCAAUGA